GGUAUUGUUCAGAAGACAGACAUGUGAUACUUUCAUUCUUGUAAUUGUUGAUUGGAACAAUAACUUUUACGCGUCUGGACACAAUAGUUGUUUGAGCAAGUUGUUUUGCGUUAAAUUGGACAAUGGUUGGUUAGUAGAGAGUGUUAAUGUGUUUUUAGAGGACAGUAUUUGUUAAUCCCUUGCGUAAUGGACAAUCAAACUAGUGACAAUAUUUUAAAGUUGUUUACGUCGUUAAUAGUAUAAAUUAGGUUCGUAUUCGUAGUUAGUUAGUUAGUUUUUAGCCUUCGGGCUUAAGGAUCAAAAGUCGCGGACGGUCUUUCAAACAUUUGGUAGCAGAGGGUAGUUUUUGCCGUGGACAAACUUGGACAGAGGAAGGCCAAUUGACGAGAAGCAUGACUUCAAACGCAGGUGAAGAAGGAAGGACAGAAGAUGGAAUCGGAAGAGGGGAAGACGUGGAAGAUUUGGAAGAAAAAUUGGAAAGCUUGAAGCAAGAAAAAGCAAAAGCAAAGUCGGCGUUCACACGUGCAAGAAAGCAGUUGUUGGAACUGGUGGAAGAAAUGGAUCUACCAAACAGACAUCAGGUUCGAGAUGGGCAAACGAAAUUGGACAGCACACAAGAAAGGGCACUGAAGAUCAUGAUCGCACUGUCAGAGCACUAUCAAUGGCAGAAGAACGGAACAGCAAGACAAAAAGUUACUCAGGAAAUGGAGCAAUUGGUGCAAGAAUUCGAAGAGACCCACAACAGAGUACAGGAGUAUCUGGAUGAACGAAGAGAUUCAGAAUCAAGUAAGACAGCGGGAUCUUACAACCCACGAGAGGAUCGAAAGGAAGCGAAAUUUGAUUCUUCUCAAUUUCACAACAAUUCUGAGCGACAAGAGCUUCAGCACAAGUCAACCAAUGUCGGUGUUGGCGCGAAAAGAAGUCAGUUUCCAAUGACCCCGGAGGAACAUUCACAGCAACUGCAACAGUCAGUCAGAUUUGGUGGUGAUCACAGACGAUCUGAGCGAUAUUCACACGAAGAGUCACUUGGUCAGGACAUGUGGCGACAGCUGCAGCGUGUUGCGAUUCCCGUUUUCUCUGGUGACAAGCGAAAGUAUGAGAACUGGAAAGCUGCAUUUCUGGCUUGCAUUGACAGAGCUCCUGCGACUCCUGAAUACAAGCUGCUGCAGUUGAGGCAAUAUCUAUCUGGCGUUGCACUGGAAGCGAUCGAGAAUCUUGGCUUUUCUGGAGCUGCAUAUGAAGCUGCAAAGGACAGGUUAGAGCGAAAAUUUGGUGGCAAGAGGAGGGAAAUCGCAAUUCACUUGGAGGACAUGGAUAAUUUCAAACCAGUGAGAGAUGGAUGUUCAAAAGACAUAGAGAAGUUUGCAGAUCUACUUGAUGUUCUGGUGGUGAAUCUACUGGAGAGUGGACGUCACGAUGAAUUGGGAAAUGGAUCUCUCUACAUCAAGCUACUGAAGAAACUUCCAGAAACACUGCUGACGCAGUACAAUCGAUGGAUCUUUGAGAAUCGAAGAAGAGAAUGCGUUGAAACACUGAAGAUGUGGGUGAUUCAAGAGUCUGAAUUCUACACAGUUGCAAGAGAGACAGUGCAUGGUGUAUCAAGCGAAAGAAGAAACAGUAGAUCAAGAAACUUAGCAGGAGAGAAGAAAACCACAUUCUUUGGUGCUACUGAAGAAUUAACACAAGUGAAUCGUUUUCAAGUUGGUAGAUCAGGUGUCACUGGUGGGAAAUACGGUAAGCAGCGACUGUGCAAAGUGUGCAAUGGUAGACAUGGUGUAUGGGCAUGUGAUGCUUUUCGAAACAUGGACAUUCGACAGCGAUGGAAUGUGGCAAAGCAUUUCAAAUUGUGUUUUCGGUGCCUUGGUGAUGACCACAGUGGUAGUAAAUGUACUCGAAGUAGAGUGUGUGGUAUUCGUGGAUGUCAGGAAACACACAACAAGUUGCUGCAUAGCAUGGGUAACAGGAUCACUGGAAAGCAAAACAGCAAUGAAACAAGGACACCAGAAGCCUUCAAUCAGCAAUCAGUCAGCAGUAGCAGUCAGCAACAGUUGUCAUCGUCAGUCACGGAGGGGGAGCGUUUGCAGAGGAAUUUUGCAACACAAACAACGAUGGUGUGCUCAAAAUCAGAUGUCAAAGGAGCAACAGCAUUGAGAACCAUUCCGGUUGUUUUGAAAAAUGGCUGUCGAAGAUUGAAAUUGAACGCACUUCUUGAUGAUGCCAGCACUCAAACGUAUGUGAAUGAAGAUGUUGCAGCAGAACUGGGUCUCAAUGGUACCUUUGAAACAAUAAAGGUCAAUGUUUUGAAGAUUGCAAGUCUUUUCAAACCAUGCCUGUCGAGUUUGGACUUGAAAGUGUAA